ACCUAAACCGUUUGUGACAGUUGACAACACAAACUUGCAGAGCGUCAAAGAGCAGUGAACUUGAACCCUAUAGAGUAAGAGCAAUGGCGGCAUCAUCUCCUAAUCUCCCUCCAAUUCUCUCUCCUCUGCAACUCAAAACCCCUCUCAACCCUAAUUCUCGUUCAUUUCUCUCUCCAUUCUUCAAAUUCUCCCCCAAUUUUACGCCGAUGAAUUGCCGCCGCUCUUCCGUUAUCGUCUCUUCUUCUGGUCCCAAGGAUGCGAUAUUGAGUCAGGAGAAGCAAGAGCUCUUCGACCGCUAUGGCCUAGACCCUAAUGACUUCAUUUCUGUGCCCGUUAAGAGAAGGAGGAGAAAGGAGCGUGAGCAGGGGAUGGGAAAAGGUAAAGGAAAACAAGUAGUGGUGAAGGAAGACCAAAAACCGCCUCGUACCACUCAUAAAUUGCUGCAGGUGCUGGCUGGGAAAGCUAAAAGAAAGAAGCUCUUAUCUCCUGUAGGCAUGGAUGUUCGUCCCAUGAUGGAGGUAGUUAAAGGUGCUGCAUUUGAUAUAUUGCAGGUGGCUGGUGGCUGCCCUGCAUCUUUAAGACCCGGUCGCUGGUUGGACCUGUAUAGCGGCACUGGUUCAGUUGGCAUUGAAGCUUUGAGUCGAGGUUGUUCUGAGGUUCAUUUUAUUGAGAUGGAUCCAUGGGUGGUUUCAAAUGUUCUGCAGCCAAAUCUACAAUGGACAGGGUUUCUUGAUUCAUCAGUUAUACAUACUGUCACUGUUGAAAAUUUCUUGGAACGAGCUCAGCAGUUUGUAGGCGGUGAUACAACUUUUGACUACAUUAGUGUAACACCUCCAUACAUGAAAGUGGAUUAUGGAAUACUUAUGAAACAAUUAUCAGAUUCCCCCUUGGUUGGAGAUGAUGCGUUUAUUGUGGUCGAAUAUCCUUUGGGAACAGACAUGCUGGAUUCUUGCGGAUGCCUUAUGAAGAUAGCUGAUCGUCGCUUUGGAAGAACACAUUUGGCAAUUUAUGGGCCAAAGUGGGCAAUGAAGAAGAAGGGCUAAUCACCUAUCUGAGCAUUGUAAAGGAAUGAGUUCAAUUGAAAAAUGGGAGUGCCUGCAGGACCGUGCCGACCAAAUGUGUUUUGUGAAAUGUGCAUCAACUGAUUUCAUAUACAACGGGCUAAAAUAUACUGCUGAAGUUGAGAAAGGCUGACAUCAAAACCAUUGUCACGGUCCAAUAAAACUUGAGUGGAGCUUUCCAAUUACUGUUCACUUUGUAGUUAAGGCAGCAGCUAUCUUGAUAUGGAAAAUUUACCUAAGUGUAAGGGUUUAAACCUUCUUAUUACUUUAUUAUCUUUGUUGAUUUCUUCUUCUUUCCUUUCUAUUUAUUUUCCCUUUUUUUUUAGGGGAGGAAAGAGGACGAGGGGGGGGGGGGGGUUGUUGCUAUAAAAAAUCUGUAGAUGAGAUGGAUAUUAUUGUACUUUUUCUUAUGAAAUGAAUCAUCAUUGGAUCCAAUUUCCUUAACCAUCUUUCUCAAAUUUAUGGAACGAGAACAAGUACACUAAUAUUUUUUCUGUCACUGUGGGAGCCUUGAGCAGGCUGUGUAGGACCUAAACCAGAUUUAACUUUCACAAGACUUAACAUGUGCUAAAAUAGAAUGAUUGACUUUAUUCAAGAAGCUAUGACUUGUUUCUUGUAAUUGCUCCCAUUGAAGUUUUCUAUUUUAGUUAUCCACAAAGCUGGAUUGUGCUAAUACAUGUUUUUGCUUCCAAUUCUACUGAUAUGGAAUAAUUAAGGCUCAAACAUCAGGAGAAACAACUUAGGUUUUUGGGAAUUAAUGCAUAUAGUAACUUGUUAUCCCUUUUUGAAAGAGUUUUUGAAAGACUAUUUCAAAAAUAAAUAAAUAA